AGCUGGGGGCGUGCGUCGCGGAAGCAGGCUGCUAGCGGGCGUCCGGGUCAUGGACCGCUGCGCGGGCUCUUUGGAGGAGGUGGUGGACGAUACGCGGCAGCAACAGCGACACUACCAGCUGCUGUCGGCGCUGCAAAGCCUGGUGAAGGAGUUGCUCAAGUACGCGGGCAAGGCGGGCGGCGGCCUGCGAAGCCGGCCCCGGGCCCCGCAGGCGCUCACCGCGCACCCCCUGCCCGCAGCUCCUUCCAGCAGCACCUGUCCUACGCCACGCUCAGCCACCUGGCCUUGGCGCUUCUAGAGGGCACCGUGUUCAAAAUCGUGCAGGGGCUGCUGGAGAUCCAGCACCUCACCGAAAAGAGCCUGUACAACCAGCGCCUACGUCUACAGAACGAGCACCGAGGUGGACGGGGCGGCGGGACGAGGCGCCUCCUCUGGGUCGGCAAGUCCCGGCCGCUCUUGUUAUCUGUGCAGAUCGGCUCCUUCCCUGGGAGUGUUGGGAAGAAGUCCCUUAGAUUGACAGAAUCAAGGGCGCGGAGACUGAGCGCCUUUUUGGUGACCGGCGUGGAGCACUGGAUCCGUGAGGAGCAGGGGGCAGUGGACCGGAAGAUCGUCCUAGAGCUGGACCGGAAGGUGGCUGACCAGCAGAGCACACUGGAGAAGGCGGGGGUGUGGCUGGCUUCUAUGUGACCACCAACCCGCAGGUUAGCGCCUGGGCCUGCUCUGCCCUGGCCCGAGUACCCCUGAGCCCCGAAGACCCCAUUUCAUCUGGGGUUUCAGUGCUGGUCCCUGGGAAUCCAGGCUCAGGGUAUGGGGGUGAAGUGGAAAGACUGAGGCUCUGGAAAGGGUUUCCGUGCUGUUCCCAGCACAGAGGCCGGGCCCACUCCCUACAGGAGGGUGAGCCAGCCAGCCAGCCAUGGGGCACUGCCCCCCCUCCCCAGGCCCGCAGGGCCCUCUUGCUCUCCUCCCACAUGCCAUUCUGAGUGGCCUUGCUGGAGGCAGAGGCUCAGAUUCCACCCCUUCCUGGCGGGCCAUGACUGGCUUCACAGGGUGGUCGCCCCAUGGGCUCACUGCCUGACACCUCUAGGCUGGGAUGAACGGGGCCUGGGUGGCUCUGAUGUUCGUGGGGCCCCUCUGUAUCCCAGGAGUUGAUGCUGCAGAUGAAUCUGCUGGAUCUCAUCCGGAAGCUGCAGCAGAGGGGCUGCCAGGCAGGGAAGGCAGGAAGGCAGCAAGGCAGCCCUGUCCCACCAUAGCCACAAGCAGCAGGAGUCUGGGCAGAGUUCAUCUUCUUGACUUUUGGCCACUACCUUUGCAGCUGCCUGCAGGGGUCCCCCUGCUGAGGAGAAGCCAGGUGGACCCUGGCUGCCUGUCCCCCACCUUCAUCUGGGACUUUCUGCCAAAUGCUAGGAUGGUCUCAUAAAGGGGAGGUAGGCUCAUCCUGCCGCUGUCUGCCUCAGGGCCAGGCAGAGUGGGCAUUGGGGUUCUCUUCGGGGCACAUUUCGACCUGCACUGGGGCCCACCUGAGUGCUUGUUCUGGUCUCAGCCUCUCCCUUGGCAGCUGCAGCUCCCAUGCAGAAGAGGCUCCAAGGCCCAAGCUCUGUGUGACCCAGAGAAAUAAAGAUGCCUCAGUGUGGCCUGCAUGUGGCUCGUGUGACAGCUGUGGGUUCUGCCAUACCAGGGCCCUGGUAGGACCCCCACCUCUGCUGCAGCAGAGACCUGCCUGGGGGUCCCUUCCUGGGCUAAGACAAGACAUCUUGCCAACCCUCCCUGUUUAUUUGCCUGUCUUUUCCCCAGCCCUGUCUCACAGCCUUCACCCUUCCAGGAGCAACCAGAAACACCAAUCCAUCACUCAUGAGCUCCAGGCAAUGCCUGGCUAAUGUCGAGAUGCAGCGUGUCUCCUCUCCAGAACCUGCACAUAUUCCUUUCAGUCCAAGUCUUCUGGGACCAACCCCUAUGCUGAACACUAUUUUGAUCUUGGCCCAGGCCUUCAUCACCUGCCAUCUUAAAGCUAUUAUUCUUCCAAGGACUUAACCAAACACUUACUAGACAAUAAGAAUCACAGAAUGUAUUUAUUUAUGUAUUUAUUUUUUGAGACGGAGUUUCACUCUUGUUACCCAGGCUGGAUUGCAAUGGCACGAUCUUGGCUCACCACAACCUCCGCCUCCUGGGUUUAGGCAAUUCUCCUGCCUCAGUCUCCUGAGUAGCUAGGAUUACCGGCACGCAACACAAUGCCCAGCUAAUUUUUUGUAUUUUUAGUAGAGACGGGGUUUCACCAUGUUGACCAGGAUGGUCUCGAUCUCUUGACCUUGUGAUCCACCUGCCUUGGCCUCCCAAAGUGCUGGGAUUACAGACGUGAGCCACUGUGCCCGGCCACUUUUUUUUGUUUUAUACAUAUAUAAAAAAGAUGGGAAUGUUAGGCCUCCAAGUCCAAGCCUGGCCAUUGCAGCCUUGGUGACCCUCACAUACACCUCUGGAUGUCAUCCUGGAGCCAGAAAGCCUGAAGUAAUUACAAGUAACCAAGCGACCACUGGAAGAAGUAAAACAGCUUGUUCCUGCCUCAACUAAUUGCUGCAACCUGCACCCAUUGUUUCUGUUCAGCCUGGCAAAAAUCCCCCUUGCCCUCCACCGCCUGAAUUUGCCGUACCCUCCCCUCUGAUUGCAACCGAUACUUCUCACCCUUAUUGUGCUAUAGCUGGAACCUAAGCAACGCCAUUUUAUAAAAGACAAAGCUGUUUUUCAGAAAUAAAUUGUAACGGCUGCCCCAUUCUCCUCACAGUAACUACUGGCCUUGGCUCCUGUAAAUAAAACUGCUAGUUUGCUCUGCAAAGUGCUCACUAUGUAAAGCUGCUUACCUUUUCUUACCAGUAACUGCCAGAAUUGCUGGCCUUUGCUUACCAGGAAUGACCAGAAUAAGCAGCCCAAGCUAAUUCCAUCCUGGCUCCUGCAACUUGAAAUAAGUAACUAAAAUCUGUGGAUUCCACUACUGCCCAGACAAUGUGUAAACUAACGCUUAUCUUGACUUCUGUAAACCACCUAGGUAACAAUCGAAGUGACAAGUCCCCUAGCCCUUGGAAUGUCUGGAGACCCACUCCCUCCUCUGCCCGGGAGGUGAUUUACGGACUCCCCUGGCCUUCAGAGUGUCUGAAUCCCUUCACCCCCACCCCUGGAGGUGGUUUACGGGUAUAAAAGAGUCUUGUCACCCUCUUUUCGGAGCCAUGGGUUGGAGAGACGUGAGUCCUCCGUGGUCACCCAGCAAUAAAGACCCUGCAAUUUGGCAUA